CAAUAGGCCUUCAUCUCUAGAGGGGAUGUCGAGCUACUCAUUUGAUUCUCUACCAGAUUGGCGAUUUUAUAAACAAGUUGAAAACGGAAAACAGUCCACCUCCCUUCCUCAACGGACUGCUGUUACUAAUGAUGAUGACUGUGGCAACUUGAGGCUUCAUUUAGUUGAAGCACUAUAGCAUUGACAAUUUUUCCUGGUGAAUUCUAUGAGAUGUUAUACCACUUGAUUGGUUUUUAACUACGGGCCAUUGAUUAUUUCCUAGCUUGAGAUGGAGUUGGCUUAAUUUGGUGUUUCGUUCUCAGAUUUGUUUUUUCUGUCUUUUCUAUAUCCAUGCCUUUUUUUCUCUUAGACUUGAUUGCAGAAUUGCCCUAUAAUAACUUGUCUAAUGUACUAAUAACAUUGUGUACGAGAUAUUAUUGAAACUAUUGUUUGUGACACACUUUUAAUUCUUAUUCUCUCUCUCUCUCUCUCUCUCUCUCUCUCUCUCUCUCUCACAUCAAACAGGUUUAGCAAAAGUUGAGGAUUCUGAUAGUUUUAUCACUAAGCUCCACUUUAGCAUUACAAAGGGCCUUCAUCAUGCAGCACCAAUCUCCAGCUUUAGAAUUGACGAACAUGAAUUGGUUCGUGCUGUGCUACAAAUGCUCCAAGGGUUCUGUAGUGAUUUAUUUUACUGGGAUGAGGCUAAACAAGGCUUUCUUGUCAAAGAUGGAAUAUAUGCUAGUCACUUGUCCCAGACUAGUCUGAAAGGCAUACUAAACAUAUUCUUGUUUGCCGGAACCUGCUUGAAGAGAGUGGAGAUUUUUGUUACAAAGGUUGGAUCAUCUGGUAAAAGGACUCCCACACUAAGUGCAUUUGCAAAUUCUGUCUACUCAUGGCUUAAGAGACUUCGAGAAGUUGCUCUAAAGGAGGAAGAACAGUUGCUUACUUCAGAUACGGACAACAGAAAGACUAUGACACUUCUUGGAUUAACCAAUUCUUUAUCAAGUCUCUGUGCUGGAGCAGAGCUUCUCUGGGAGCUUAGGACUGGAGCUGUUCCAAAUGUUUUUAUUGACUCGGGAAAUACUGUCUCAUCUAGUGAGAUUGCAGUUUAUAUUCUUAACCAUCUUUUCAAGAAGUUGAAUGAAGACUGUCUUGUACAAGGAGAUUCCUACCAUAUGCUGCUAGCAAUAUUUACAGGAAGUUUGCUGCCUUAUCUGCAUGGGCUUGAUUCCUGGCUUUAUGAUGGCAUUCUUGAUGAUCCCUGCGAAGAGAUGUUCUUUUAUAAGAAUGUUGCAGUCUCCAUUGAUCAACCAGCAUUUUGGGAGACGAGUUAUCUUUUGAGAACAAGUAGGUUAGAAAACUUGACAUCUAGUGGUGGUUCUCUGAUUCGUACUGGUAUCGAAUCUAAUAUGAAGAUAGAAACAAGUAAUCAAGAUGAUAUGGAUAUUGCUAUCUGCCCCAUUUUUUUAAACGACAUUGCUAAGGCCAUUGUAUCUGCUGGGAAAUCACUGCAGCUUGUUCAACAUGUUCAAGAUGAGUGUGCAAUUCCAUCUGACUCUGAAAGAUGUCAAUUUCCUGAUAAUCAAAAUAAAAUGGGGCAUAGACCAGAAGUUUUAAGCUCCCUGGAAUUUGUAGAUGGAAAUACCGGGAGUGAUGAUUCUGGUGAAGAAUCUUUUUUUGAUGUUCAAAUCAGCAAUGAUGCCCGCAUUAUGGGAGUGUUGACUUUGCCUGAGGUUUUCUUGGUAUCCUUGGCUGGCUUACUAGAUGAUGGAGAUCAUAUUUAUGAGUACUUCAAAAUGUUCCCGACUGAUAUCAAUCUAAUGAGCAAUGCUCUCAUGAAUAAUCAGUAUGUUGAAAAGGGAAUCAAUGAGAACAUAAAGAAGUCACUCAAUUAUGAUAAGAAUUGGUUGCAAUUCCUGGUGGAUGCAAUGCAAGGUAGGAGACAUGUAGGCAUUAAUGAAAAGGUCGCUUUUCAAUCUAUGGCAAGGGAUUCAGAUUCUUCUACUGAAAGGAACAAAAUUGAGGAAAGAACAGAACUUUCUGAUUCUUCCUUCUUCCCAGGAAAUCCAGUCAUUACUGUGUGCAGAGAUUUGCUACAGAGGAACUUUGCCUCAUGGGAUGGACUUAAUUUAUCUAGGAGUUUCCAUCUCCCUCCCUUGAAUGAUGAGAAUUUGCGAGAGGCAAUUUUUGGUUUCAAAUAUUCUGAUGCAACUAUGAAUGAUAGUUCACAAUGUAAAGCAAUACUUCCCAGACUUGACGGAACUGACUAUACUUUUGGUUUUCAGUUCGAUGAACUGCAACACCUUCGAUUAGAUGAUGAUAGAAGAACUUUGGAAACGCUCUUUGCUUUUCCAACACUUCUUCCUUCUUUCCAGGAAGAUAUUACUUUAUCGGAGAUUCUACCUUCGCAGAAAGAUAGCACGCUAGCUUCAAAAGUUCUUAACUUUAUCCAGAGUAUUAAACUGAAGGAUCCACCGGAGCCUGCGGUUAUCAUACAGGAGUGCCUUUCUUUGUAUAUAAGAAAACAGGUGGAUCACAUAGGUAAACACAUUCUCUCAAAGCUGAUGGAUGGUUGGAGAUUAAUGGAUGAACUCUUUGUCUUACGGGCUAUUUUUUUGCUAGGCUCAGGUGACCUUCUGCAGCAGUUUUGGACAGUCAUUUUUAACAGACUUGACAAGGGAGAUUCCUGGGAUGAUGAUUUUGAGUUGAACACUAUACUACAGGAAUCCGUAAGAAAUUCGGCCGAUAGGACACUUCUGAGUGCCCCUGAUUCUUUGGUUGUUUCAGUUACAAUAAGUAAUGCAUCUGAUGAUGAGGAAAACAUGUCGACUCCCCGAAAACUUCGGAAUCAAUUUUUGGGCGUUGAUGCUCUUGACAUGCUAAAGUUCAGUUACAAGGUUUCUUGGCCCCUUGACCUAAUUGUGAAUAUGGAGGCACUUAAGAAGUAUAAUCAGGUCAUGGGCUUCUUAUUAAAGGUCAAGCGUGCAAAAUUUGUCCUUGACAAAGCACGUAAAUGGAUGUGGAAGGGUAAGGGCAACACAGCACAGAAUUACAAGCAUCACUUGUUAUUGGCGCAGAAGCUCCUUCAUUUUGUUGAUGCAUUUCAUCAAUAUGUGAUGGAUCGGGUAUUUCACAGUGCAUGGAAUGAACUCUGUAGCGGCAUGGCUGCAGCCCGUUCCCUUGAUGAGGUCAUUGAAGUACACGAGGCGUACCUCCUAUCCAUUCAGCGGCAGUGUUUUGUGUCUCCUGAUAAGCUGUGGGCUCUUAUUGCGAGUCGACUUAAGACCAUUCUCGGGUUAGGACUCGAGUUUUAUUCCAUACAGCAAACACUGAGCAGUGGUGGUGCAGCUACUUCAGUUAAGGCUAGAUGUGAGAUGGAAAUAGAACGGAUCGAGAAGCAGUUUGAUGAUUGUGUUGCUUUCCUUUUAAGGAUCCUUUCAUUCAAGCUCAACGUAGGCCAUUUUCCUCAUCUCGCUGAUUUGGUUACUAGAAUCAACUACAAUUACUUUUACAUGUCCGAAAAGGGAAACUUGCUAACUGUUCCUGGAUUUGAAAGUAGUGCAAAGGCAGGAAAGGCUCCGACCUUUAGAGCUUGACCAACUUAUAUAGAUGGGUGUCUUCUUCUGUUCUAUGAAUCCCUACUCUCUCUCACUCUAUGUUUUAUGUCAGAUCGCGGAUUUCUCAUAGACUGGAUGUGCAGGAAUUUUUUGCGUACACAGUGAUAUAUCUGCCCCUCUAAAGGCGGGGUCGAUCUCUCGACUGCUGGUGAUUUAAGCAAAAAUUGUUAUCAUCAACUAAUCCAGCGGCUUUGAUCAAUCCCAUUCCAGGUUUGCAAUCCCUAGAUGUUAUUGUUUACUAAAUCUCUACAAAAUGGUCUGCACUUCUUUUGUACUUACUGUUGAAGGCAAAAUCAUUACUGGUUUGUGCAUCGAAUUCCUGCGCACAUGCGAUCUGCAGGGAUUUUGCACCUUAGAUGUUAUUGUUUCACUAAGUUUGUACAAAUCUGCUUUUGCACUGAUGUGCGCGAAGUGGGCAAUGAUUGAUACCUUUCUUUUGAAGGGUAAACUUGCAAUUUGCCUCCCUAAUCCCCCUCGCCAAUGCAAAAAAGAAAAGCAAAAUGUUUUAGCGCAUAUUUAGGCUUCGUUUGGUAUCAUUGUGUUAUUUUUUUUAUAUAUUUUAAAUGCUAAUUUUGUAUAAUUUGUUGCGUUGGAGGAAAGACGUUUCUUUUAUUGUUA